AUGGCCAACCCAAGAGGGGAAUGUAAGUCCAUCACACUAAGAAGUGGAAGAAUUGUAGAAGAAGCAACCGCAAGCCAAAGCAACCAAGAAGAAGAAGCUGCAAAGGAACCUAAAACCAAGAAAGAAGAAGAGACCACUGCACCAUCCUCACCAAAGCAAGUCCUGAAGCCUUAUGUGCCAAAGGCACACUACCCACAAAGGCUGAGGAAGGAUGGGAAAGACAGCCAGUUCUCUAGAUUCCUUGAAAUCUUCAAGAGGUUCCAAAUCAACAUACCUUUUGCUGAGACACUAGAACAAAUGCCACUUUAUGCCAAGUUUUUCAAGGAGCUCAUGACAAGGAAGAGGAAUUGGGGAGAAAAGGAUACUGUAGUGCUCACUGAGGAGUGUAGUGCCAUAAUACAAAAGAAGCUUCCUCAAAAGAUGAAAGAUCUUGGGAGUUUCCAAAUUCCCUGCAACAUAGGCGAUAUCAACAUUGAGAAAGCAUUGUGCGAUUUAGGGGCUAGCAUCAACCUCAUUGGAGGAUUUGUUGGUGAAAGUAGGGAGUUCAUCUUUCCAGCUGAUUUCGUUGUGCUUGAUAUGGAAGAAGAGGCCAACACAUCAAUCAUCCUAGGAAGACCAUUCCUAGCUACUGCUGGGGCCAUAAUUGAUGUUCAAAAAGGGGAACUAGUCUUAAGAUUGCAUAAAGAGAAGAUAGUCUUCAAUGUCUUCAAGGCCAUGAGCUACCCCAAGGAAGCCAUUGGUGAAUGCAUGAUGGUGGAUACAAUUGAAAAAUUGGUUCAGGGAGUCCUAAAGGAAGAACAAUGUGAAGAAAUCAAAGAGUAA